AUGAGUCAAGAGCGUGGCCUUGAAGAGGGCGAUGGAUCUUCGGACUCGAAGAACAUCCGCUUGUACAACAUCCUCGGCGUCAAAAAGAAGGCAACCGAUGAAGAGAUUAAGAAAGCCUAUCGAAAGCUGGCCCUACGAUACCAUCCUGACAAGAAUCUUGACGGUGACCCUGAUAAGACAGAGAAAUUUAAAGAAAUCAACUAUGCCAACUCAGUGCUUUCCAAUCCGCAAAAACGAAAGAUUUACGAUGAAUACGGCGACACGGGCCUGAAAUUAAUGGAACAAUUUGGUGAUGAUGAACGAAUAUUGCGCUACAUGUUGAACCCCUAUCUUAAGUGGGUCUUCUUGGGCAUUGCUCUUCUCACGUGCGGUUUCUGCUGUUGUUGUUGCGGAUGUCUAUUCUGUUGCAAUUGUUGUUGCAACUUCUGUUGUGGGAAGUGUAAACCAGCCGACCAACCAGAUUUUGACGCUCCACCAGAAGAUCCUGGAGAGUCUCCAUCCGGCGCUUCGCCAGCUCCAAUCAUCAUUGUUCAGCCUGCACCUCCAUCUAAUGCGGCGAUCCCACUUGGACCCUCCUCCUUCACCGCUGUUGUUGUUGAAAGUGUCGAUGAACAAAGGAAAACGAUAAUUGUCGCAAUGCCACCACCACCCGAUCCAGCGGACGUGGAAAAGAGGGACAUCAACAAUGUCGAC